CGAUCUACGCACUCUACUAGGUUAUAACGGGGAUAUUUUUCCAAUAUUUAAGAAUUAUUACUUUAAAUUACGAGAAUACCUUAAAAGCAAUGUCUUCUAGUAGUUAUAUUGCCGGUAUUGAGCUUGGAGGAACUACUUGUAUUGCUGCAAUAGCCAAAGAAUCUAGCCCCACUACAAUCAUCGAUCGCGUCGAAGUCCGGACAACUACGAAAGAGGAAACAUUUUCAGCACUAGCCAAUUUUCUAAAAGAGAAGCUCAGCCUGUUAAAUAUCAAGGCAUUCAGUGCUGUAGGUAUUGCAUCUUUUGGACCAGUUGAUCUAAACAAGAGUUCCAAAACUUUUGGGUUCAUCACAAGUACCCCAAAAGAGAGAUGGGGAUAUGUGGACGUUGUUGGCUUCUUCAAGAAAGAAUUGGAAGAAAACACGCCUAUUGUAUUUGAGACCGACGUCAAUGCACCAGCAAUUGCAGAGGUUGCACAUGAGAUGACGAAGAAUGAUUACAAUGGGGAAUUCCCAACUUUGGUGUAUAUUACCGUGGGUACCGGGGUAGGUGUUGGUAUCAACAUUAAUGGGCAGCCUGUCCAUGGGCUGUUGCACCCAGAGGGCGGUCACAUGGUAGUUCCAAAAAAGCCAGGCGAUGACUACCAAGGCUGUUGUAAUUAUAAGCAUUACUGCUGUGUUGAAGGUAUGAUCGACUCUCAAGCCAUUGCUGAAAGAACAAAUACAAACCAGAUUCAACUUGACAAGAUUGCAGACAGUGAUGCAGUAUGGGAUACUGUGGGUUACUACCUUGGAUCUCUUUGUCUUAACAUUACUUACCUAGUUUCACCUCAUGUUAUUGUUCUCGGAGGGGGAAUUAUGAAGCGUACUAUACUGUACGACAAGACAAGGCAUUGGUUUAAAGAGCUGAUGAAAGGAUACCUUGAUGUAGAAAAAUUCAAAACUACUAAAGGUUUAGAAAAUUAUAUCAGAAAAUCUGUAUAUGGGAAUGAUGCAGGAAUAAUUAGUGCACUAGAAAUCUCAAAAAGGAUAUGUCUCAGAAAUAAGUAAAAGACUAUCUGCCUGUUAAUAUCUUUUUAACAAAAAUAUACAAUUUUAUUAAAAACAAAUUAUAACAGAUUAUCAAUUAAAAUAAAAUUAGAAAUAAAUUUUUUUUUUAUUACAUUCACCAAAAUUGUAGAUUGUCAUUUAUACCAAUGUAUAGGGUUUGAACAAUUCAAAUGUUUCCAAAUUAAAGACUACUAAUGAAUCUAGGUUAUUUGAUUUAAUAUUUAUUUUUUGUUUGCUGCCUUCUUCUUCUUCUGCUUCCCAUUAUGAUCAGAAGUAAUUUUACUUCUCUUUCUUUUACUUUGCUGUGGUUUGGAUGUUUUCUGUAAGAUAAAGUAGUAAG